CUCCGUCCUCGACUCGGCGUUGGCUCAACACCAACGGAGCCCCAACGUGGGCAAACCCUACCAGUGUGGGGAUUGUGGGAAAAGCUUCUCCUGGAGUUCCCACCUGGACAGACACCGUCGCAUCCACAUGGGGGAGAAACCUUUUCGCUGCGAGGAUUGCGGGAAAAGCUUCUCGCAGAGUUCCCACCUGGAGAGACACCAACGCGUCCACGCGGGCGCCGAGAGGCCGUGGAGGUGCGACGAGUGCGGCAAGAGCUUUGCGGCCUCCGCCAAGUCGAGCGGCGCCAACUCUUCUCCCAA